UACCAAGCUUGCAGUAGUUUUUUUUAUUUUGUUGAAUACAAUUAAUUUGACUGUUCCAUCAUAAAAAUGUGUAUAGAUAAUCAAAUAUAAAGUGGGGAUUAUCACAGUAUGUAUUGAGUUUAAUGUCACCCUCCAUACCCACCACCAACCAGCCCACAUUCACCACCGGGAAGUGGGGUUUUAUCAGUGGUAAAUAAGCAAAUGCUAAAUCAUUACACAAAAAAAAAUUAUAUGUUGAUUUUUUUUUUUGGUAUAAACAGAUGAUCAGUCAACAAACCACGUUAGUUUGCUCCUGUCAUCCGAACAUUCACGAUCAAAAUAUCCAUAAUAUUGCGAAAAUCCACGAAUCUAUGUUCAUUAGGAGACAUCUAGUGACAUACACAUGAUUACAAAAAUAUAUUUACAAUUUUGUUGAUAAAAAAAAACAUUCACAAACACACACAAAGUACUCUAUAUUUUUUUUCAUAUAAGAACAAUCAAAAUAUUCCAGCUAUUUAAAUUUGAUAUUGUUUUUGUUUUGUUUUUUUUUUGUAAAUAUUAUCAUCAACAAAGUUUAUUCAUUAUGUUGAACGAUGGAGAUAGAUUAUCACGUGAAUCACAACAAAAUGGAGUUGUACAGCCACUACUUACUGAUUUAUAUCAAAUUACAAUGGCUUAUGCAUACUGGAAAUGUGGAAAGAUGAAUGAUUAUACUGUAUUUGAUUUGUUCUUUAGAAAAAAUCCAUUUCGCGGUGAAUAUACAAUAUUUGCUGGACUUGGUGAAUGUUUAAAGUUCAUGGAAAAAUUUCAAUAUUCUGAUAGUGAUAUUGAAUAUUUAAAAACAACAAUGCCAGUAUCAGUUGAACCAGAAUUUUUUGAAUUUUUAAGAGUUUUAACACCAAAAGAUGUUACAAUACAUGCAAUACAAGAAGGCUCAGUUGUAUUUCCAAGGGUACCAUUGAUGCGUAUUGAAGGACCACUUAUAAUGGUACAAUUAUUGGAAACAACAUUAUUAACACUUGUUAAUUAUGCAAGUUUAAUGGCAACAAAUGCAGCAAGAUACAGAAUGGUUGCUGGUAAUAAUGUAUCACUUCUUGAAUUUGGUUUACGUCGUGCACAAGGUCCUGAUGGUGGUUUAAGUGCAUCAAGAUACAGCUAUAUUGGUGGAUUUGAUGGAACAAGCAAUGUACUGGCUGGUAAACUUUUUGGUAUUCCAGUUAGAGGAACACAUGCUCAUGCUUACAUAAGUUCAUUUGCUGGAAUUGAAGAAUUAACACUAAGAACACUACGACAUAAAGAAACUGGUGAAGAAAAAGAUGUUCUUGAUUUGGCAUUAAAAUAUCGUGAAAUAAUUGCUGUUAAUCUCAAGGUUUUGGUGUCAGAAGCAUCUGACAGUGAACUUGCUGCCCUUGUUAGUUUUGCUGUUGCUUUUCCAGAUGGAUUCAUGGCACUAGUUGAUACCUACGAUGUCAAAAGCAUUAAAUCAUCAGCCGAGGGGCAAUCAAGUACUGGAAUAACAAAUGUUAAUAACAAUGAUAAAAAUAUUGAAUAUUUGAUUAAAUCAAAUAUAUCAAAUAAUGGCUAUAAUGCCAAGGAACAAGAUUGUCUCACAACAACACCAUCACACAACAAUGACUAUUUAAAACCAGGCGAAUUGGGCGAGCUAUGUGUGAGAAGUGGACUACUUAAUUUUUGUUCAGUUGCAUUGGCAUUAUCUGACAUUGGUUAUAGAGCUGUUGGUAUAAGAAUUGACAGUGGUGAUUUAGCAUAUUUAAGUAAAGCUGCACGUGAAACAUUUCGUGAACUUGCUGUUAAAUUUGAUCGUCCAUGGUUUGCAAAUUUAACAAUUGUUGCAUCAAAUGAUAUUAAUGAAGAAACAAUAAUGAGUUUAAAUGAACAAAAUCAUGAAAUUAAUUGUUUUGGUGUUGGUACACAUUUAGUAACAUGUCAACGACAACCAGCACUUGGUUGUGUUUAUAAAAUGGUUGAAAUAAAUAAUCAACCACGAAUUAAAUUAAGUCAAGAAGUUGAUAAAGUAACAUUACCUGGUGGUAAAAAUGCAUACAGAUUAUAUGGUAGUGAUGGACAUGCACUUGCUGAUCUUUUAUUAAGAUCAGAUGAACCAAAACCAGAAGUUGGAAAAAAAGUAUUAUGUCGUCAUCCAUUUCAAGAAUCAAAACGUGCAUAUGUUACACCAACUAAAGUUGAAAUAUUAUACAAGGUUUAUUGGAAAGAUGGAAAAAUUGUUUAUCCAGCACCAAGUUUAUUUGAUAUAAGAAAUAGAGUUUUGGAAUCAUUAAAAACACUAAGAAAUGAUCACAAAAGAAGUCUUAAUCCUACACCUUACAAGGUUUCAGUGAGUGAUGAUUUGUACACAUAUAUUCAUGAUCUUUGGGUACAAAAUGCUCCAAUUGGUGAAUUAUCAUAAAUAAAUUUAAAAAUUAUUAUUGUUAAACAAGUUAAAGAUAUUUUUAAUAAUCAUUAUUAAAAUAAAACUUGUUUAAGCAAAAUAAUAUAAAAAUAAAGUACAAAAAUUUGAACAAAAAAAAAAAAUGAUAAAAAUGAAUUUAAAUCAUUAAAUAAAAAUAUUCAGUCAAACUUUCAAUUAUCUAUUUAAAAAAAUAAAAAUAUUGUAGAUAAAUGGAUUUAUUAAUAAUAAUUACAAUUUUUAUUAUUUUUUUUUUUUCACAACAAAAAAUUUAUAAUAUUUUUUUAUUAGCACAAAUUUUAACAUGUUUAAAAUCAAAAGAAAGAAAAAAAUGUAGAAAAAAUUAUUGCAAACAAAAUUUUAAUGUAAAAAAUUAAAAUUCUGUAAAUAAUUUAAAAUUUAAUGUAAAAAAAAAAAUAGAUAAUUUAUAAAAAUAGAGCACCAAUGAAUAAAUUAAAAAAAAUAUAGUCGAUAUUUUUAUUUUUUAUAGAAAAAAACAAAUAACGACACUUUGUCUUUGUUGAUAAAAUUAAAUUUAAUGUUUAUGUAAAUGUGUUAACUUAAAAUAAUGAAUAAAUAUCAAUUGUGUUGAGAAUAUCUUUGAUAAGACAAAUUACACAACAAUGUAAUAAUAAUUAAUAAAAAAAAAAAAGAGUUAUUAAAAAUUUCUAUUAAAAUAAA